CAGACGAUUUCAUUGUGCUUAUAUACCGAAUAAAAAUGAAGUUGGGUUGGAUCGUUUGUAUCAGUUUUUUUAUAGCAUGUGUAAAGGGAGAAAUUUCAUAUGUUUCCCAAAAUUCACUUCAACCAGUUACCGUUUUUGAUCCAAUCAGAAAUAUAGUAGAAGAUGCUGUUAAAUAUACAAAAGAACUCCUCGAAUAUAUUUCAUCAAAAGAAAAAGAAAUUUUGAGGAAAGCUAAAACUGUUGCCGAUUCCAAAUUCAAGGAGAGUUUAAAAAAAAUUUUUGACUUAAUAAGAAAAAUUAAAGAUCUCUCAAAAAUUGGUAUUGUAGCGGAUGUUUGCGUUCAACGCUAUUCCAAGCAGAUUGAAGAGAUUAGAGAUCAAAUUAACUCUGAAAUAGAGAAAUGUUCAGAUCUGUUUAAGGAGGGGAUGAUACCAGUUGAAAGAGAAAUUUGGCAAACUUAUAUGUUAUUAUACAAAAUUAUUCGAGAAAUGUAUGAUGUGGUAGAAACAUGCAUAUUUGAAAAUGGAAACAACAAAAUCAAGCAAACAAUGUGUGUAAUAAAAAAAAUUAACUUUUUCAAAGAUCAGGUAAAUGAGGCCUGUAAAUUGGUAUUAUCAAGUCUUGAACGGCUGGAAGAAAUAUUAUCUAAAGUUUUACAAGAUUAUGCGCAAUGCAUAGCAAAUGUUGAAAUGAAUAGUUUACGAAAUUUAAGAGACAUUAUGUACAAUAUAAAGAAUUGUAUUAAAGAAAAUGUAAAUUGAAUUUUUUAAGUUUACAUUAAAACUAAUUGGUAUAUACGAGUAGUAUAGUAAAUUUGUAAAAAUUUUAAAUUUGAGGUUUCAAAAUUUUGUGGUAAAAUCCGAAAAUUUGCUGAUAACAAAACAUCAAUGGAUAGAUCGACUUACAAAAAAAUAGCUUAUUUUUUAAAUAACUUUUUUUUUUAGACAUAAAUAUUGUCACAGUUGGAUACUCUUCCGAGUCUUAUUCCUGAAGAAAACUCAAUUCAAAAAUGUAAAAUGAAAAGAAUGAUGUG